UCAAUCAUCAUAGCAAUUAUUAUCAUUAUGAACUGAGUUAGGUCUAUUAUAGUAAUUUUACAUGGAGUCCAUCUAGGCUUUACUCUAUCACACAAUUUACUGUUUAUAGGAAAUGUAUUAGAAAGAAUUGCAGUGGAUGCUAAUCCAUAAUCCAACAACUAGUGGACAUAUUUUCAGUUAAAACCUAAAACGACAGCGUGGUGCAAUUACCCUUUGUCUUUGACCAGUUGAGCCUUUGCCAAAAGCCUAACCAAUUAAACCCAACUGUCGGCUUGGCUUUCCGGGUAAACUGACUCUGAGUCUGAUCCUAGGCGAGGCAAGACAGGAGCAGCGGUGAUGGGAGUAAGCUUGGAAGGAAAGAAGGUUAUAAUGGUACCAUAUAUGGAAGCACAUGUCCCAAAGUACCACGUUUGGAUGCGGGACCCUGCUCUUCUUCAAGCCACCGGAUCAGAGCUCCUCACCCUCCAACAGGAAUACGAUAUGCAGCUCUCUUGGAACCAUGACCCUCUCAAGAAAACUUUCAUUGUUUUGGAUAAGGAGAUGGUUGAGGGAAAGUUUGUUCAUGGAGAUCCCUAUGUGGAAGCUAUGGUUGGGGAUGUGAAUAUCUACAUGAAUGAUUUGGAUAAACCUCAAUUGGCAGAGAUUGAAAUUAUGAUAGCUGAACCGAAAAGCCGUGGUAAGGGCCUUGGGAAAGAAUCUGUCUUGAUGAUGAUGGCCUAUGCAGUUCAGAAUUUUGGAAUCCAUGUCUUCCGUGCUAAAAUUGGGGAAUCAAAUGGGUCAUCUCUUAGUUUGUUUCGGAAACUGGGCUUUGAGGAGGCUUCUUAUAGCGAAAUCUUCAAGGAGGUAACACUGGAGCUGCCCGUUACAGAGCAAAAGCAAAAGGAGCUGUCACAGUUGUUCGGUAAUAUGAUUACACAUACAUAGCCUAGAAGAGGCUAUAUUUUUAUUUUACCCUUAAAGUUAUUAAUGGAAAGAAACACUUCCACCAGAAUUCUUGGCAUCCAUGCUGAGAAGCUGAAGUUGGUCAGAGUUGGGUGGUAAAGUAUACUUGUAUUGGUCAUAUUCCAAAAACGCUUAAACUACUUUCGAGUUGGGUACUUCCAAGGAGUUCAGAGUUGCUAUUUUCUUAUUAUUAUUUUUUUUUACAAAGAAUGUCGCAACCUAAGAAUAAAAGAAGUGUUGCAGGUUAUGAGAUUCGAAUUCUAGACUUACUGGAUGUCACUUUUUAAGGAUAAUUACAUGAACGUUGAGUUCCAAGUUCUAUUUUCUUAUGUUUUUAAUAGAGGAUCUAAGACAUUUCUAGGACAUUUAGAACUAUAUUUUGACAACCAAAAUAUUGGCAGAGCAAGCAUCAAUCAGUAA